AUGAGAGCCGCUUGCUUCUGCUUGUCCUUCACCGCUGCCUCUCCCCCCCUCCCUUCCACCUCCACCGCUGCCUCGAGCCCACGCUGUCAGAGUCACGCCUCCUACCGCUGGUCCCAGCCACGCCAUAGCCGCGGCGGGGUGGUCCGGGCCCUCCACGAGCGGCUGCUAGAGACACCAACCCCCGCACCAGCGGAGACCGAGGUCGAGGAUGAGAGUGGUGUCGGUGAGAUAGAAGACGGCGGUGAACGGGAGGGAAGAGAUGGGCAGGCUGAUAUUGUGGGCCCGUCGGAGGCCCAGGAGCAGCCGAAGAGCAGGCGACGACAGCAGCAGGAGGAAGAGGAUGCCACGGCGGAGCGCGCCCGGUUCAAGCUCAUCAACGGCAAAGAGAUAUUUCAAGAGAAGACCUACCUAGUUGGAGUCGAGUGCAAGAGGGCCGCAAGAGAUAACUUCAGCAUAGAGGAAUCGCUCAAGGAGCUUGAGCAGUUAGCUGAUACUGCUGGGCUCAUGGUUCUCGGAUCGACCUAUCAAAAGCUUUCAAGUCCAAAUCCAAGGACUUAUAUUGGUUCAGGGAAGGUUGCUGAAAUUAGGAGUGCAGUUCAGGCCCUUGAUAUUGAGACUAUAAUUUUCGAUGAUGAGUUGUCUGCUGGACAGCUGCGUAACUUGGAGAAGUCCUUUGGUGGAGGUGUUCGAGUCUGUGACCGGACUGCUCUUAUUCUGGACAUUUUUAAUCAAAGGGCAGUGACACAUGAAGCUGCUCUGCAGGUCACCCUGGCACAAAUGGAAUAUCAACUUCCUAGGUUGACAAAACUGUGGACUCACCUUGAGCGGCAGUCGGGAGGCCAAGUCAAGGGUAUGGGUGAGAAACAAAUUGAAGUUGACAAGCGCAUCUUGAGAACACAAAUAAGCACUUUGAGGAAGGAAUUGGAGUCUGUCCGAAAACAUCGAAAGCUUUAUCGCAACCGUCGACGGUCGGUGCCUAUUCCUGUUGUUUCUCUGGUGGGAUAUACAAAUGCUGGAAAAAGUACACUCUUGAACCGCUUAACUGGAGCUGAUGUGCUCGCUGAGGAUAAAUUAUUUGCCACACUAGACCCAACAACACGGAGGGUGUUGAUGAAGAGCGGCACUGAGUUCCUCCUAACAGAUACUGUCGGGUUCAUUCAGAAGCUACCCACUAUGCUGGUGGCAGCAUUUAGAGCAACACUGGAGGAGAUAUCAGAAUCAUCAAUUAUUGUUCAUCUUGCAGAUAUCAGCCAUCCAUUAGCUCAACAACAGAUAGGUGCUGUUGACAAAGUACUGAAAGAGCUGGAUAUAGACUCGGUUCCGAAGUUGGUUGUGUGGAAUAAGAUUGACAAUACCGAUAACCCAUUGAGAGUGAAGGAGGAAGCCGAGAAACAAGGGAUAAUCUGCAUAUCCGCCAUGAAUGGUGAUGGUUUGGAAGAGUUCUGCAAUGCAAUCCAAGCAAAGUUGAAAGACUCACUGGUGCCCAUAGAAGCUUUUGUUCCGUAUGACAAAGGAGAUCUGUUAAAUGACAUACAUAAGGUUGGAAUGGUUGAGAAAACGGAGUACAUGGAAAAUGGCACGUUGAUAAAAGCACAUGUGCCUCUACCUCUUGCAAGGCUUCUCACGCCGUUGCGGCAGCAGGUGGCUGCUCCUCUAUGA